GCAUGCUCUGUCACGUCUGUUCAAAGAGGCAUCCACCAUAAGUGGCACCCGCCAGAGGUGCACACCCACUAGCCACUCGAUCAAGUGGCAGGCUUUCGCAUGCACAAUGGUCCGGAACGCAAGACAGGCGACCGUGCAUCUCGGUAUGAACGAAAGGGUGUCUGACUUGGUCAACCGACUGCGAUACCCUGAAGCCGUCGGUGAAUUGGUCCUCAGUAACUGCAUCGCCACCGAACCGGCAGAGCUGUGCAAGCAACUCGGCCGCUGCGCUGCGCUGCGUUUCCUGCGCUGCGUCUCCAGCGUGCUACGGCCUAGCCAGCUGCUCCAGUUGACGCUGGAGAAACUCCCACGCCUUGAGCGACUCGAAUUAUCGCUCGUCGUCGACGCGGUUGUCGACUCCGAGAUCGGCAACGUGCGCAAGAUGGCGUCGCAGAGCGAGGGUCUCACUCCGUCCCACGACCUACGUCAAAUGUACGUCGAAGUAGGUGGCGACCGUAACUUCGAGCUCCUCCGGGAGCUUCUGAUGUUCUACCCAAAACUAACCCAACUGCACGUUCACUUCGUGCGGGGAUGCUUGUCGGAGGCCGUGCUGCGGUGUUACCGCGUUGUGGAAAAGCUCCCUGGGCUGGAAAAGUACACCUUCACUUCCGAACUAGCGGCCAGCCUUCCGACUCCGGAUGUGCCAAUGUUUUCGCGAGCAUUAAGGAUCUCCGCAGCCAUGUGCGACAACUUCUGCCACGAAAGGUCCAGUGCCUCGAACAAUAUCUUUGAAAUGAACAAACUAGUGAGAUCGGAUCGCGCCAGAAUUUUUCCGUCGCAGUUGGUAGUUCUUGCCGUUUACAAUGAGCUCACGGUAGGGUACUUCCGCUUGGUGAGCAGCCGAAACGUCUGGGCAAAUGUCCGUGAACUCUGUUUCCUGCUGCUCCCGCCAGAUGCCUGCAUCGAAUUUUACCCGACGGUAGGCACCGUGUUCCGCAAAGACCUCAACAAGCUCUUCUACGUCCUGCGUCAAUGCAUCGCAGAGCUUAACCUGAGUUCGUUUCACUUUCGCCUCGAUUUCGACCUCGCCUCACUGCUCGGGGACAGGCUGCCUAAUCUGAACGCGUUCUCGGUCCCACCAUGCGCGUUUCCGAGCCAGUCCGCCGUGCGUCGUCUUGAGGCCAUUUGCCCCAGGCUCCGAGACCUGGACGUGCGCCUCGAAAAGCGGCGAGGUCACUUCCGGUGCCGCUCGUGCGAGCUUCUCAGAGACCAGCCACCAUCCCGCCCGGCCGCCUCGUCGUCGUCUCGGAAUUGCGGCAUCGCCAGGCUGACCCUUUGCGGCGUGCCGUCUAACGUUCUACAGUGGUUCGUCGACUGUUACAGAGCUGCGGUUAAGCUUCGACUGGCCGAGUGGUGCCUUGUGGAGAACCUGCAAUGCAGAGAUUUGUUCCGGCUUCUGGGCGACAACAGCGCUAUCCACUGCCUUGUGCUGAAGCAUCAACACCUGCCGAUCAGCGAUGAGCAUCUUCAGGCCAGCCUGUCCCGUUUGACCAGCCUGCAGCACCUGUGCCUGCUGACGUCGAUGCAGGUCUCGGACGUUGACGCGACGAAAUUCGCGCAUGAGAUCGCCGCCCAUGCACGUGGGCUGAAGAGCGUGCACAUGCACUACACGCGCGACGACGCAGAGUCCGAGAAACGGGUCACGUGGUUAAGAAGACGGCGCAAACUUGAGCUAUUGCUGGACCGUCCUUGCUUUGGGUGUUGCUCGACGGCUACUUUCAUCGGACUAAUGAAACCAGUCAACCGCAACUGCGACUUGGACCUGUAAGCCGAAUUGACGAAUACACGUGUUAGUAUUAAAAUAUUCCUCAAUCGUCACAUCCGACAUUAAAACAUUAUGCAUGUUUCCUCAACAUUCACUUCUGGUUUUAAAUCGUUAUGCUGCUCCGACGCUUUUUUAUAAGUCGACUUUCUUUCGGGGAUUCAUUU